AUGAAACCGAACCUAGGAGAAGGAGAGCGAUGUUGUUUCGGGCUUGCAUGCAGGUCAUCGAUUGUGCGUUGCCGGGCGUCCACGUCACGUGGCCCUGACGACCAAUCAGAGGCAGAAGCUGUGCCAUCACGCGAGCAGGCCAAGGCGGGUGAUGCGGUGCUCGCCUCGGACAGCGCGGAUAACGCGGAUCGGCCUUCCCAAGGGCCAGGCGGCGGCAGCAGCAACAGGGGUGCGGCGAGCUACAGCUCCUCCCGUGCCGCAGGCCCCACGCGUCCCGCGUCUCUCGCCACGGAGCCCUCUGCCGCCGCUGCCUCCGCGCCUGCUGCGAGAGCAGGAGCAGCGCGCGGGGACGAUGGUGCAGGAGGGGGGACAGAGAAAGCAGAGGAGGCGGGGGAGGAGGGGGAAGAGGGGGAGGAGGGGGAUGAUGGGGAUGAUGGGGAGGAAGGUGGGGAAGGGGAGGUGCGUCGCACGUUGUGGUUUCCGUUGAACCUGGUGGCGGCGGCGGCGGCGGCGGUGGCGCAGAGCAGGGUGGCGCGCAUGGUGGCGGCGUGGCCGCUGUGGCAGCAGAGGCGGCGGCUGCGCCAGCUGCAGGAGGCGGCGGACGGCAGUCCAGGGGACGCGCGCAGACAGGCGGAGUACCUGGCGGAGCUCCUCCGUGCCGAGUCAGUGCCGCGCGCCCUGCGCCCAUCGCCUCCCUGCCUCCCCCUCCCGCUGCCUCGCCUCCCCAUGCUGCUCGCUUCCCUGUCCCGCCCCGGGGCAGUGGUGCAGCGCUUUGAGGCGCGGCAGCAUGCGGCAGACGCGGAGGGAGUGGCCAUCUACCUCAGGGCUCUCGUUGCCACCGACCGCCUCUCUUCCUUCCUCCCCUCCCAUGACAACGCCCGCCCCGCCUCCCUCCCCUUGCUCCUGGAGGAUUUGAAGCAGCGCGCCACGUCAGACGAGGGCCAGCUGGGGCUGCCACCUGGCACCACGGAGCAGACGCCCCUGCACGUCGUCAUGGUGGAGAGGGAGGUGAAGCCGCUGUCACGGGGCCUGCGCGUGCUGCAGGAGCUGCUCUCAGCGCUGCUCGCCUGCUUCCUCGGCCUCCUCAUCUGGGCGGCAGCAACGACGGCGUUGAGGCGCUACGCCAGUGGAGUGGCCGGCAUGGGGGGUGGGGGGAUGGCGGGGGGCCCAGCAGCGGGCAUGGGGGCGGGCGGGGCGGGCGUGUACUCGCCCAAGGAGUAUAACAAGGAGACCAUGCCCGAGAAGAGUGUGCGCACGUUCAAGGACGUGCGGGGGUGUGACGAGGCCAAGGCGGAGCUGGAGGAGAUCGUGGAGUAUCUGCGCGCCCCCGACCGCUUCACCCGCCUUGGGGGCAAGCUGCCAAAGGGGGUGCUGCUGAUCGGCCCACCAGGCACGGGCAAGACGCUGCUCGCCAAGGCCAUAGCGGGCGAGGCGGGGGUGCCCUUCUUCUACCGCGCCGGCUCUGAGUUCGAAGAGAUGUUCGUGGGAGUGGGGGCAAGGCGGGUGCGCACCUUGUUUCAAGCGGCCAAGAAGAAGGCGCCGUGCAUAGUGUUCAUAGAUGAGAUUGACGCGGUGGGGGGCAGUCGCAAGCAGUGGGAGGGGCACAGCAAGAAGACGCUCAACCAGCUGCUCGUUGAGAUGGACGGCUUCGAACCCAACGAGGGCAUAAUAGUGAUGGCGGCCACCAACGUGCCGGACAUGCUCGACCCCGCCCUCACCCGCCCCGGCCGCUUCGACCGCCACGUGGUGGUGCAGGCACCGGACAUGCGGGGCAGGAGGGAGAUCCUGGAGCUGUACCUGGAGGGCAAGCCGCUGCACGCUGAUGUGGACGUCGCCACUCUCGCCAAGGGCACUCCCGGCUUCAGUGGGGCAGACCUGGCGAAUCUGGUGAACAUGGCGGCGGUGAAGGCGGCGCUGGACGGCGUGGCGGCGGUGGGGCGGGAGCAGCUGGAGUUCGCCAAAGACAAGAUCCUCAUGGGGGCCGAGCGCCGCUCCCUCGUGCUCUCCCAGGCUUGUCGCAAGAACACGGCGUACCACGAGAGUGGGCACGCGCUGGUGGCGCUGCACACGCCGCACGCGCUGCCCAUCCACAAGGCCACCAUCAUGCCGCGCGGGGCCGCGCUGGGCAUGGUCACGCAGAUGCCCGAUGAGGACUUUGAGACGAGCCGCACGCGCGCGCAGAUGCUGGCGCGGCUGGACGUGUGCAUGGGGGGGCGCGUGGCGGAGGAGGUGGUGUUCGGCGCGCAGCACGUCACCAGCGGGGCGCGGGACGACCUGCGGCAGGCCACGCGGCUGGCGCGGCAGAUGGUGCGCGAGUGCGGCAUGAGCGACAAGCUGGGGCCCGUCUUCAUUGACGGCGACGGCGCGGGGGAGGGGCGCGUGAGCGGCGAGGUGCUGCGCGUGGCGGAUGCGGAGGUGGCACGGCUGCUCAGAGAGGCGUACGCACGCGUCACCACCCUCCUCAAGCAGCACGAGCAGCAGCUGCAUGUGCUGGCAGCAGCGCUGUUGGAGCGCGAGACAAUGACAGCCGACGACAUCAAGAAGCUCCUCGCCUCCCCUGCCACUGCCACUGCCACUGCCACUGCCACUGCCCUCUCGCCUGCCGCCGCUGCGACUAAUGCCGAUGAUCUCUCCAGGCCACUCACCCCAGCAGACCUCCAAGCACUCCCAUCUGCUCUCUCUGCAGCGCCUGCUGCUUUCUCCGCUGCCUCACCUCCCUCCCACGACUCUGCUGCACCCGUGCCUGCUGCAUGCUGA